AUGGGAUGCGAGCUGGUCAGUCAGAGGGCUCGAACAAGCCACUGGCUCAUGGGGGAACGAGAAGAGACUAAUGAUGACCAGUCGGCGCGUUCGCCACAAGCUCGCAUUUAUGGACAGUACACCUACGAGUCUGUUAUGGUUCUGGGCAGUGCUGUCAGUCGCCUCCUUCGCAAGAAUCCCAGUGCCUUGUCCGUCCUCAAAACGGACCAAAUUGCUGAGUACGUCUUCCUACUCACGAAUGAACUAGUCUUUCUCUCUGUAUGUGUGACUCUGGUACAUGCACUUCAGUGUCCUUUCUUACAUGCUGCCAAGUGCGUUUCCGUAUGCACUUGUCCGGCCGGUGGUGUCGCCGCACCCUAG